UGUUGGCUAGGGUUUGUAGUAGAUCGGAAUCUUCUUUUGCUACUGCUGCAGCUGCUGUUUCUGCCAGAUUGUUGUUCAGUACGAGCUUGGUUCAUCAUCGUCGCGGCGCUGCCAAGAAAAGUAGUAAGGUGCCUUCUUUGAGCGGAGGAACAUUUGGAGUAGAGAGCUUGAAAUUGAGAGGUGGGUCUCAUUAUAUCAAAAGCUUAGACGAUGCCAUUGAUUUGUUUGAUGAUAUGGUUCGAUCUGGCUCCUUGUAUUCGAUGGUUGUUGUAGCUUUGGUAGAUGGGGUGAUGCCGAGCAACUGCUACGUGAUAUGAUCAAAAGAAGUGUCGACCCUGAUGUUGUAACUUUCAAUGCAUUUGUCAAAGAAGGAAAGGUCUCUGAGGCUGAAGAAUUAUACAGUGAGAUGCUUCGAAGGGAUAUAUCUCCUGAUACAAUCACAUAUAAUUCAUUGAUUGAUGGAUUUUGCAAGCAUAGUCGUCUAGAUGAUGCGAAGCACAUGCUUAAUUUGAUGGUUAGCAAGGGCUGCUCACCUAAUAUAAUCACUAUAAAUACUCUCAUAGAUGGAUGCUGUAGGGCUAAGAGGUUAGACGCUGGAAUGAAACUCCUCCAUGAGAUGUCUAAAAGAGGCUUAGUUCCUGAUACAGUUUCUUACAACACUCUUAUUCACGGGUUUUGUCAAGUGGGGGAUCUUAAUGCUGCUCAAGACCUUUUCCAGGAGAUGAUUUCUCAUGGUGUGUCCCCUGAUAUCGUGACUUGUGGCAGUUUGCUGGAUGGUUUCUGCAAUGAUAGGAAAAUAGAUAAGGCAUUGGAAAUGUUUGAGGUUAUGCAGAAGAGUAAGAUGGAUCUUAACACUGCUAUAUAUAACAUCAUCAUCCAUGGAAUGUGCAAAAGUAGUAAGGUAGACGAAGCAUGGGAUUUGUUCAAUAGUCUCCCCCUCAAUGGUGUGGAGCCUGAUGUUCAAACGUAUAAUAUAAUGAUCAGCUCAUUUGUCAAUGAAGGGAAAUUUUCAAGGGCUGAAGAAUUAUAUGCUGAGAUGUUCCGAAAAGGUGUAGCCCUUAAUACUUUCAUCUAUAACUCAAUGGUUGAUGGGUUAUGCAAGCAGAACCGCCUAGAUGAAGCCAGACAGAUGUUUGAUUCCAUGGCUAGCAAAGGCUGCUCACCGAACUUAGUGACUUUUAAUACACUCAUUAAUGGCUACUGUAAGGCAAGAAGGGUUGAUGACGGAUUGGAGCUUUUUUGCGAGAUGUAUCGAAGAGGAAUAGUUGCUAACACAAUUACUUACAGCACUUUGAUUCAUGGGUUUUGUCAAGUGGGUGAUCUUAAUGGCGCCCUUGACAUUUUCCAGGAGAUGGUUUCUAGUGGGGUGUGUCCUAAUACCAUUACUUUCCGCAGCAUGCUGGCAGGCUUAUGUAGUAAGGAAGAACUACAAAAGGCAUUGGCAAUGUUGGAGGAUCUGCAGAUGGAUCAUCAAUUGGAGGAUGAAUGAAAGAAUUGGAAGAGUCAAUGCCAUUUCGCUUUUGUAAUUCCAUUUCUACACGUCUACUACUACUACAAUCAAAAUUAAUAUUUAAGGUUUUGCUUUUAGUUAACUCAGGAAGAAAAAAUUAAAAUCUCAAAAAGUAAUAUGAUGUUUUGUGAUGAUGAACUUGAUUCUUCGUUCAAGAUAUUUAUGUAUUCCAUAAUAUUUAUGA